AUGACAGGCGUGGGGAAAAGUCAAACUACGCUGGAGUUUGCAUAUCGCAGCCGUCAUGUUUUCCAUUAUAUAUUUUGGAUUCGAGCUGAAGAUGACGCUGUCAUAUCCCAAGAGUACAGCAAACUGAUCGGCAUUUUGGGAAUCGCACCGGCGGAUGAUCCUGAUGCAAAAGCGGAAAGGGUUCGACAAUGGCUGUGUACAACCCAAGGCUGGUUAAUAAUAUUUGACAACGUCGAGAGCUCCGAUUUACUCAACAUGUUCUGGCCCGCCUGUGGGCACGGCUCUGUACUUGUGACCACGCAAAAUAGCACCCUUGUCCACCGCGCACAUGCAGAGGUGGAGCUCAAACCUUUCACAGAAGAUGAAGGAUCUGGCCUUCUGCUAAAUUACAUGAAAGAACUGGAAGAAGGGAAAUACAUCAGCACGGGAUAUGGCAAAGGCGAUAUCCAGACGGGUCUGUGGUCUACCCUUGCUUCUUUCUGGGCUUGCAGGUCAUCUUCUUGA